AUGAUUGUGAAGACUAGAGACAAGUCCAUCUUAUCAAUGUUGGAGUGGAUCAGAGUUAGGCUUAUGAGCAGGCUGUAUAUAAAGAAGACUGGCAUAGAAAAGUAUGGUGGCAAUUUGUGUCCAAGCAUACAAAAAAAGUUGGAGCAGUUAAAAUUAGAGUGUAAGGGUUUCUGUACAAUUCCUUUUGGGAGGUUUGUGUAUGAGGUUGACAAUGAGAGGGAAAGACAUGUAGUGGACUUGGUAAAUAGGACAUGCAGUUGUAGAGUAUGGGACUUGACAGGAAUACCUUGCAAGCAUGGAGUUGUAGCCAUUUUUGUGAAUCGUGAGAAACCAGAAGACUACAUUCAUCCAUGCUACUACAAGAAUGCUUAUGUGGAGACAUACAAGACACCCAUACCUCCCAUGCCUGGCCAGUCUGAGUGGAUGUCAAGUGGCCAACCCAAGCCUGUUGCACCUACUGUUUAUAAGCCACCAGGCAGGCCAUCUAUGAAGAGGAAGAGAGAUGCUAAUGAGCCGAACCCUUAUAAGGUGUCUAGAGGAAACAGGCCAGUGAGGUGUGGAAGGUGUCAACAGGAAGGGCACAAUGCAAGGGGAUGCAAGGCCAAUGUCACUGGUGAGACAGCAUGGGAGAAGAGGCAGAGAUUGCAGAAAGGGAAAUCUGGAAGUGGAAGGCCUUCUACACACAGACAAGGAUCCUAG